AUGAACCUAUUCACCUGGGUCGUGGGAUACUACAUGAUGCGGUUGAAUACUAUGACUUGUGACACUUGUUCAUUCGCGUUUAUAUACCGGAAUAUGCACAACUACUUCCCGAUGAACUUUCUCACCUCUAUGAGCUACCAUAUGGCUUACGUUCAGUAUGCCACUACCGCCCUUAUCUCUUUCAAUCGGCUCAGUGUUCUUCGGAACUACCAGACUGCCGAGGCAAUCUGGAAAAAAUACACCUGGCUGAUCAUCCUUAUCGUCUUUGCUGUAUCAUUUGUGGACACUCAUAUAUGUUUUUAUUAUAGAACCGAGAUUGUUUAUGAUAAGGAGUCGGAGAGCUAUUCAUUGAAGACACCAAUGCCCAUCAACGACAAUUUUUUCUUCCUAAACCCCGCCAUGAUCGCUAUCACCAUCCUCUCCAUCGGUACCAAUGCCACCAGUCUUAUGACUGUCCGAACCAUCGGCACCCAAAAACGGAGCAAGGCAGAAUUCAACUUUGUCAUAAUCAUGUCCAUCACGUGCUUCGUUCAAUUCUUUGGAUGUGCUCUCAGUGUCGCUCGUGUUGCACUUUCUACUGACCCGCUAGCAGUGACUCUUGCGGGUAUUCUCCCAUUCAUCAGUGAUGGGUUGACUUUGGUCCAACCAUGGCUUCUCGUCUUUUUCAGUCACACGAUUGUGGAAAGAUUAGACAGAUGUUUGGAUGCCAUAAUACACAGAUUCUGGUGGUUUGAUCGAUGA